AUGAGCAUGGUUAUUACCCUUGGCAACACCGAUCUUCUGCGCAUGUUUCUUGCUCACGGCGGCAAUCCGAACAAGAAAGUCAAGGAUACAACAUUCUUACUCUACGCCAUCGACCAGAAUAGACACGAGGACGUCAAAGUUCUUCUCCUACACGGAGCGAACCCGAACGAAGCAGAUCCCAAGGGCAGAACCCCCUUGCUCGAAGCGCUUCAGUCAGAAAACCACGUCAUUCUACAAGCAGUUCUUGCCCACGGCGCAGAUGUCAACAAGAUGGGUCAGAUCAAGCCGUUGGCAUUGGCAAGAUUGCUUCAGAAUCAGGAGACCAUCAAGUCGUUGACGGACCGUGGUGCCCAAGCCCCAGAGCGGCCUGCGGCGGCGAGAGCACCGUCAACGCCUGUCAGCCCGAGGCGGCCAGUCUCGUCGUCUACUACCCAGAUUCAACCAGUUCAAAGUGCGACGGAUAUGCCACCGCCCUACGUGGAGACCAGUGGUUUGGAGGAAGCUGGGGCGUCGAGUCCACCAAGCAGCGCCAGAAGACUUGUACCAGUUGGCUCUCUCAGCUUGCAAAAGUCAACGUAA